GGACAAGGUCGAGCGACGAGUCAUCUACCCGCGCGCCCGAGCGCGGAAACCGAGGGGCAGGCUCGCGCUCUGCCUGCUUCGUGGCGCUUGGUUCGUCCCUCGCCCGAGGAGCGCGGUGGCGGCGUGGGAGGGAACCUCUGACGGCGUCUGUAGAGACGGGGUUUCACCAUGUUGGUCAGGCUGGACUUGAACAGACAUCAAGUGAUCCGCCCAUCUCGGCUUCCCAAAGUGCUGGGGUUACAGGCGUCAGCCACCGUGCCUGGCCAAUGAUGAACUAUUAAACAGUGAUUUGGGGAACUCUAUUUUAAGAACCUCUCAAAACGAAACAAGCAAAUCAUGGAGAAGAAUGGAAAUAACCGAAAGCUGCGGGUUUGUGUUGCUACUUGUAACCGUGCAGAUUAUUCUAAACUUGCCCCUAUCAUGUUUGGCAUUAAAACCGAACCUGAGUUCUUUGAACUUGAUGUUGUGGUACUUGGCUCUCACCUGAUAGAUGACUAUGGAAAUACAUAUCGAAUGAUUGAACAAGAUGACUUUGACAUUAACACCAGGCUACACACAAUUGUGAGGGGAGAAGAUGAGGCAGCCAUGGUGGAGUCAGUAGGCCUGGCCCUAGUGAAGCUGCCAGAUGUCCUUAAUCGCCUGAAGCCUGAUAUCAUGAUUGUUCAUGGAGACAGGUUUGAUGCCCUGGCUCUGGCCACAUCUGCUGCCUUGAUGAACAUCCGAAUCCUUCACAUUGAAGGUGGGGAAGUCAGUGGGACCAUUGAUGACUCUAUCAGACAUGCCAUAACAAAACUGGCUCAUUAUCAUGUGUGCUGCACCCGCAGUGCAGAGCAGCACCUGAUAUCCAUGUGUGAGGACCAUGAUCGCAUCCUUUUGGCAGGCUGCCCUUCCUAUGACAAACUUCUCUCAGCCAAGAACAAAGACUACAUGAGCAUCAUUCGCAUGUGGCUAGGUGAUGAUGUAAAAUCUAAAGAUUACAUUGUUGCACUACAGCACCCUGUGACCACUGACAUUAAGCAUUCCAUAAAAAUGUUUGAAUUAACAUUGGAUGCACUUAUCUCAUUUAACAAGCGGACCCUAGUCCUGUUUCCAAAUAUUGAUGCAGGGAGUAAAGAGAUGGUUCGAGUGAUGCGGAAGAAGGGCAUUGAGCAUCAUCCCAACUUUCGUGCAGUUAAACACGUCCCAUUUGACCAGUUUAUACAGUUGGUUGCCCAUGCUGGCUGUAUGAUUGGGAACAGCAGCUGUGGGGUUCGAGAAGUUGGAGCUUUUGGAACACCUGUGAUCAACCUGGGAACACGUCAGAUUGGAAGAGAAACAGGGGAGAAUGUUCUUCAUGUCCGGGAUGCUGACACCCAAGACAAAAUAUUGCAAGCACUGCACCUUCAGUUUGGUAAACAGUACCCUUGUUCAAAGAUAUAUGGGGAUGGAAAUGCUGUUCCAAGGAUUUUGAAGUUUCUCAAAUCUAUCGAUCUUCAAGAGCCACUGCAAAAGAAAUUCUGCUUUCCUCCUGUGAAGGAGAAUAUCUCUCAAGAUAUUGACCAUAUUCUUGAAACUCUAAGUGCCUUGGCCGUUGAUCUCGGCGGGACGAACCUCCGAGUUGCAAUAGUCAGCAUGAAGGGUGAAAUAGUUAAGAAGUAUACUCAGUUCAAUCCUAAAACCUAUGAAGAGAGGAUUAAUUUAAUCCUACAGAUGUGUGUGGAAGCUGCAGCAGAAGCUGUAAAACUGAACUGCAGAAUUUUGGGAGUAGGCAUUUCCACAGGUGGCCGUGUAAAUCCUCGGGAAGGAAUUGUGCUGCAUUCAACCAAACUGAUCCAAGAGUGGAACUCUGUGGACCUUAGGACCCCCCUUUCUGACACUUUGCAUCUCCCUGUGUGGGUAGACAAUGAUGGCAACUGUGCUGCCCUGGCGGAAAGGAAAUUUGGCCAAGGAAAGGGACUGGAAAACUUUGUUACACUUAUCACAGGCACAGGAAUCGGUGGUGGAAUUAUCCAUCAGCAUGAAUUGAUCCACGGAAGCUCCUUCUGUGCUGCAGAACUGGGCCACCUUGUUGUGUCUCUGGAUGGGCCUGAUUGUUCCUGUGGAAGCCAUGGAUGCAUUGAAGCAUACGCCUCUGGAAUGGCCUUGCAGAGGGAGGCAAAAAAGCUCCAUGAUGAGGACCUGCUCUUGGUGGAAGGGAUGUCAGUGCCAAAAGAUGAGGCUGUGGGUGCACUCCAUCUCAUCCAAGCUGCGAAACUUGGCAAUGCGAAGGCCCAGAGCAUCCUAAGAACAGCUGGAACAGCUUUGGGUCUUGGGGUUGUGAACAUCCUCCAUACCAUGAAUCCCUCCCUUGUGAUCCUCUCUGGAGUCCUGGCCAGUCACUAUAUCCACAUUGUCAAAGACGUCAUUCGCCAGCAGGCCUUGUCCUCCGUGCAGGACGUGGAUGUGGUGGUUUCGGAUUUGGUUGACCCCGCCCUGCUGGGUGCUGCCAGCAUGGUUCUGGACUACACAACACGCAGGAUCUACUAGACCUCCAGGAACAGACAUGGACCUUCUCUCCAGAGCUCCUGAGUGGAAUCAAGUUCUUGUCUUUAGGAUGACCAUUUCUUAACAAUCAAAUCUGGUAUUGAACUGCAGGUGACUUUGGCAGAGAAAUGUUUUCACUUUUGGUCUCCUCUUCCAGAGUCACCUUUCCCCACGCCUAUUUUUGUAGAUGCUAUUCUUUCUGAUGUCUUCUUACUAGGGGUCAUUUUAGCUCAAACCCUGUAAGUUGCAGUCACAAUUUUCUGUGCCAAAGUAGCUACAAUAAUAGAGAGGAAGCCUUCUUAGAACUCUGCUUACUAAUGUAUUAAUACCACUGAGACCUUCAGGCCUUGCCUGGGAUAUCACUUCAUCCUGAAGUUUGCAUUAAUAAUCCUUCCAGGCCGGGCACAGUGGCUCACGCCUGUAAUCCCAGCACUUUGGGAGGCCGAGGCGGGCGGAUCACGAGGUCAGGAGAUCGAGACCAUCCUGGCUAACAUGGUGAAACCCCAUCUCUACUAAAAAUACAAAAAAUUAGCCGGGUGUGGUGGCGGGUCCCAGCUACUCAGGAGGCUGAGACAGGAGAAUGGCAUGAACCAGGGAGGUGGAGCUGGCAGUGAACUGAGACCGCACCACUGCACUCCAGCCUGGGUGACAGAGCAAGACUCCAUCUCAAAAAUAAUAAUAAUAAUAAUAAUAAUAAUAAUCCUUCCAGCUGGGCGCAGUGGCUCACGCCUGUAAUCCCAACAUUUUGGGAGGCCGAGAUGGGCGGAUCACCUGAGGUCAGGAGUUCAAGACCAGCCUGGCCAACAUGGUGAAACCCCAUCUCUACUAAAAUACAAAAAUUAGCCGGGCGUGGUGGCAUGUGCCUGUAGUCCCAGCUACUCGGGAGGCUGAGGCAGAAUUGCUUGAACCCGGGAGGCGGAGGUUGCAGUGAGCCGAGAUCAUGCCACUGCACUCCAGCCUGGGUGACAGAGCGAGACUCCGUACGUACACACACACACACACACACACACAUCCUUCCUCCUCUAACCCCAAACACACACACACACACACACACACACACACACAAAUCCUUCCUCCUCUAACCCCAAACUAAGAUCACAGAAGGUGAUCCAGUCAGAGAACAGAGGGAAAUCUUACCAGGAAGGGCUUAAGUACACUUUUUUAAAACAGCUUUAUUGUUUUUAAAGCCUACAAUUUGAUAAGCCUUGACAUAUGUAUACCUGUGAAAGCAUCACCACAAUCAAGACAUUGGACAUGUCUAUCACUCCCCCAUCUCAGAUAUCCCCCCUAAUCCUGGAUACCAUUUGUUGAAAGAUGUUAUUACUCUAGCUGAACUUACAAGAGAUUUUAGACCAGGGAUCUAAAUUACAGUGGCCUUAGUGACCUUGUCCUUAUCUUCUUAGGACAGCUGAGAAGCCACUGGGACUUAGAGCCUUUAAAAGGAGAUUAACUGUCCCAAAAGGAUCUUUGCUACUGACCAGCAGACACUUCUUCCUUCAGUAGCCUUUCAUACUGUGUUGAGUAACACCCUAGGGUGUCCAUUAAAGUUUUGAGUUUUACCUAGAGCCCAGAGCCAUGAAUCAGGAUUCUGUCUACAUGAUUCGUGUUUUCAUUGGUGUCAAAAUACAAAAGCCAAAGUUCUGGCUAUGAAUUGUUAACUUGGAAGAAAUACUAACUGCCACCACUUAUUAAGUGCCUACUGUGUACCAGGCUCUGAACUAGGUGCUUCAUAUACAUUAUCCUAAAUUCUCUCAACAUAUGAGGUAGGUGUUUUAAUUUUUAUUUUAUAGAACUUGGUGUGUUUGACUGUUAAGCUAUGGGGCUAGAGAGAGGGUUUGAUCCCAGGUCCCUCUGUGCUUUUUCUGCUGAGCCACACAACCUUUCAUUUCAAAAACACUUUCAAAAUGCGAACAUAUUCUAAUUCACUCUAGGCCACCAAAAACUUUAAUAGUAAUAUCUGAUUUGUAAAUGACUUAAUGUAUCCUUGACCCUAUCAGCUGAAUUUAAUCAAAUAUUCCUCUCUGCCGUGAAAUUUUACCAGUAUAGUAUUUGGUCUAGUGACAGGUGUUCUAUUUUUUUGAGACGGGUCUCACUCUGUCACCCAGGCUGGAGUGCAGUGGCUCAAUGCAACCUCCGCCCCCCAAGUUCAAGUGAUUCUCCUGCCUCAGCCUCUUGAGUAGCUGGGAUUACAGGCACACGCACCACGCCCAGCUGAUUUUUUUUUGUAUUUUUAGUAGACAGGGUUUCACCAUGUUGGCCAGGCUGGUCUUGAACUCCUGACCUCAGGUGAUCCGCCCGCCUCUGCCUCCCAAAGUGCUGGGAUCACAGGUGUAAGCCAUCACACCUGGCCCUAGUGACAGGUUUUUAUGGGUACUUUUAGAUGAUCUAAAAAAUCAUGUGCAUAUAUCUUUCAGAUUUUUAUUUUGGGAAAAUGAAGGUUUCUACAACAUAUUGUUUCAGUGUUCAAAUAAACUGAAGGAAUCAACAUUACAUUUGAACUAUAUCCUUCCUAGUGGGUUAGUGUGAAAAAGAGUUUGGCUGAUUCCUAAAACUCUGCCAGCCCUGCAGUAAUCUCCAGGGCCUGGUUAUUGUUCAGACAUUCCAUGGUGAUUCCUGGGAAGGAAGCUUGGCUGCUCAGUUUCUGAGUCUGGCGUGAGAUAAUGUUCUGGGAAGGGACAUCUGUUCUUUGGUGUAAUCUCUCAUGGUGAAAUCUGCUCUGUACAUCAGACAAUUGCAUUGCUACCAAGUUUCAUACCAAAUAUUUGAAAGGAUGGUAUUGAAUCUAAAACCAAAUAUUAGUUUUUAUUAAACUCAUGGGAAGGCUAAUAUAUUCCAACAUAAAUUAUUACAUAUGGUUAAGUAAUUGCAUGUUAAUUUAUUUUAAUGUAAAUAUUUUUGUUACUGUUCUGAGCCAAAUUCUAAAGAAAAAAUAAAUACAUUUCCUUGUUGAAA